AUGAAGGUAGCCAUCAUCUACUACUCCACUUAUGGUCAUAUCCUCACAUUGGCCAAGGCAGUCAAGGAAGGCCUUGAGUCCUCUGGCAAAGUGUCCAAGGUCGACAUUUUGCAAGUUCCUGAGACUCUUCCAAAGGAGACCUUGAAAAUGCUCCAUGCUCCAGAAAAACCAAACUAUCCCCUUGCAACUCCUGAAAAAAUGACGGAGUACGACGCUUUCCUCUUUGGCUACCCAACUAGAUUUGGCAAUUUGCCCGCCCAAUUGAUUGAUCUCUUGGGUCAAACUGGCGGUCUUUGGACGCUGGGGGGCUUGUUCCGCAAACCUGUUGGUACCUUCGUUUCUACUUCUUCUUCUGGCGGUGGUCAGGAGAUGACUAUGAGAAACUUCUUCUCAUACGUUGCCCACCACGGAAUGGUGUACAUCCCAUUAGGAUACGGCAAAGCUUUCGCAGACAUCACCAACUUGGAAGAGCCACAUGGUGGUACCCCAUAUGGUGCUUCCACUUUUGCUGGUGCUGAUGGUUCCAGACAGCCAUCUGAGUUGGAGUUGAGAAUAGCCAGAGUUCAAGGUGAAACUUUUGCACAGAGCGCAGUCAAGAUCGUAGCUGCUGCUAAAAAAAGUGAAAAACCUGCUGCCACUGAGGCUUCCAAGGUUACCAAAGAGAAGCAAGUCGACUCCAGCGAGCAAAGUUCCAAUUCUAACAAACCUCAAAGUCAGCCACAAAGAGUUCAGAAGAAAGAGGCACCAUCGCCCGCUGAAUCCGAGAAGACUGGAUGUGCCAAGUGUGUAAUUAUGUAA